CUUGUUUUGGUCACAAGAUGAUUAUCUAAUGAUCUGCUUAAUUAGAUUGUCAUGUAUGAUUAUGUGCUGUGACAUUUCUGAGGCCUAUUGAGGCCAUUAGAGGCUAUAAAAGAGGGAUCCAUGACUUCCCCCUAAACACAGUGUUAAGGAUGUAGAAGAGGACAAGGGCUGCACCAGAACUACCACCCAACAUACCACCCAACACCCAGAAAGAGAACUUCAAAUCCCAUCAACCCAUUUGCUGGACUACGGAUCUCACAACAACAUUCCUAAGCCGCUCAUGAUGAACCUAACUGUAUUCAGUACUUUCAAUAACAUCACCAACAUAAGCAGCCAAUACAAUCAACUAUAUCAAAACGCUAAGUUUGUUUUUGUUCCCCUCAUCAUCUUCUGCUUCUGUAUCUUCAUCUACUUCAUCCUAGUUCUUCUAGUGGUUUACUUCACCACUCCUCACGUCCGGGAGAAUGCACGAUACAUCCUCUUUGCUCAUAUGCUCAUCAAUGACACAUUGUACCUCAGCCUUGGGCUCUUCUUGUGUUUGGGCUUUGGAUUCCUCUUAUACAUUCCUGUACCCCUCUGUUAUAUUCUGGUGAACUUUGCCGCAGCUACAUUUCGAAUCACUCCGUACAACUUGGCCAUAAUGGCCUUGGAACGAUAUGUGGCUAUUUGCUAUCCUCUCAAACACAUCAUGUUAUGUACAGCCCAGAGGUCAUAUUUUGCUAUUGCGGCAAUGUGGUUUGUUGGGUGGAUUCCCAAUGUUGCUGAUUUUAUAAUCCUCAUUUCCUCUGUCGAGGUGACAUUUUUCUCCCGGAAUUUACUGUGCAGGCAUCAAUCAUUACUUGUCCUACCAGUCCAAAACACCUUACAAUUCUCCACCUUAAUUGGAAGUUUAAUUCUGGUGUCUCUGGUCAUUCUCUUCACCUACAUCAAGGUUAUGCUGAUAGCUCGAAAAACUGGAUCUGGGAAGUCUUCGGCCUCCAAGGCUGGUAGAACCUUGAUCCUUCAUGCAGUUCAGCUCUUUCUAUGUCUGCUCUCUCUAACUUCUUCAUUUUCAGAAAUGUACAAAGGAGAUUAUUAUUAUUUUGUGAUGAUGCUCAAUUUUUUGAUGUUCAUGUGUUUGCCAAGACUUCUCAGCCCUCUUAUUUAUGGCAUUAGAGAUGAAGUGUUUAAUAAAAGCAUUAAGAAGAUGUAUUCUACCAACUAAUAAA